UUCUCUACUGUCAUUUCCACUUUCGGACAAUAGCGAAGGACAAACCCCGACAUAGUUCAAAUAAGGCAAUUCCCGACGCUUAACCGUAGCUUUCCCCAUAACUAUGCAAGCUGUCCGUCUUCCAGCUCUUCGACACUCACUCCGUCCUGCAUCAAAAGUCUCAACUGUGCCAUGGCAACCAUCCUGUCGAUCAUUUUCAUCUUCCCCAUCUCGUCUCAGCGAUGAUCCAAGCUCAUCACAAACAGGGACCACCACCACACCUGACUCCGACUCCAGCGAGGCGAAGCAAAAAAAGCCAAAUCGAAAAGGGGAGACUGUAUCUGAAACGGAGGCAGAAGUAGAGGUCACACUUCCAUUGCUGCAACGGCCUUUCGGUGUUAGAGACAGACCAACUACUGAGCCGAGGACAUGGACGGACAACAUGUUGAAUCAGGAGGUUCGUAUGGAGCAGAGACAGAAGCUUGUGAGAGCCGCGACGAAAGGCUACUUCUCUGACUUGAACGCGACGCGAAAGCACGGCGGAAAGACAUGGAUUGCGCCGAGGGUACUUAUUCGUGAAGACAAAGCUCGAUAUUUCCCGGAUAUUUCUGGGACGCCAUUAGACUCGAGUGAGAAGGCCCAUACGACCUCACUCUGCGUAGGCAAAGUGUCUGUUAUCUCUAUGCUUUCGUCGAGAAUGUCUGAGGUGCCCAUGUAUGGUGAACCAACACACGCAACAUAUUGCUCAAACCCGCUGUACCAACAUAUCCGAAUCAACCUUCAAGAAAAUCUGCUGAAGUCGUUCCUAGUAUCACUCUUUGCGAGUAACAUUCGGAGGAACAUACCUAAAGAGCAAUGGGGAAAAUACCUCAUUAGUAGUCAGAAUAUGGAUUACUUGCGAGACGACCUGGGUAUGACGAACAAGCACAUUGGAUAUGUCUACCUCGUGGACCAGGCAUGUCGAAUCCGAUGGGCGGCUUGCGCCGACCCGAAACCUGAAGAGAUCGAGGCUCUGAAGAUACAGGGAUGCGCAUAUCCUUUUCAUCGAAUCCCAGCGACCUAUGUCGACAUAUAUAUAAAUCAGCGGAACGAUGAAAAUGACAAUAUCCGUAAAUUCGCGAACGUGGUCGGAGUCCCGCAUGUGAGUAUCUUCCAUGCCGGUACGCUAGUUGACACAGUAGGUGGAUAUCGUGAAUGGGAUGGAUUUCGAAAUACACUUUCCAAAUCCCUGAAUUCGAAAACACCUAAACCAUCGGAGAAGGAACAGUUGGCUAUAGGUGUAGCUAAACUAUCUCAUCGACUAUCUAAGUUGACCAGUGCACACCACCAUCAAACAACGGAUGGCAGCUUGCGAGCUCGGUAUACUCGAAGGGCCACCUUUCUGUGCACUGGAGAAAACUUUGACGAGAAGGAUGAUCCGGAGCCUGGUUGUCUCUUCAUCCAAUCGGACGACAGAAGAGUAGUGGAAGUGGCAAACAUCAAACGUCAAACCUCCGGUUCUUGCUUCAAAAUCAGACUAUCAUGCUCUCCCGAUGACCCAUGCAUCGUUAUCUUCGACCUCUUUUUCACUCCUUCCGAUGGUGAUCGUUUCACCUCUGCGACCCUUAGGGCGAUGUUUGCAACCGAGUUUGGUAAAAUUGACAUUCUUAGUGUGGAUCCGCAAGAUGAAUGCACACAGUCCUCUACCGCAUACCAUGAUAAGCCCCCGGGAGCCGUCACGAGCGCAUCUUCAACCCACUCGCAAGAUGGUGUUACAAUCCAGGGGAACGCUAUAGGCAGCUGGGCUAAAUUUGAGAUCAAGGAGGAUGACAGCAAAGCCGAAAAACAUGGACCGGGUCAGCAACAUUCACUUUCCGUCAUUCUAUCGCCCUCGUUGGCCGGAAAGAAGAUUUACAUCGAGUUUCAUGCCCGUGCACGCCUCCGGAAAAAAGGACAACAUGUCAGGAGCACCGAAGAGUUAUUGGUAGGAUCCGAAAAGGAGCCACGCAAACGGGCUCUGCUCUUACCCGUUGCAAUACAAGAAGAGUAUACACCCGAUCAGGAGUAUGGCCGCGAUCGCGACGACACGGGUGCAGAAAAGGGCAAACGGCUAGCUAUUGGCAGUGGCAGUGGUGGCGGGGGAAAAGGAUAACGAUCAACAGGGAUAGGGACAGGCGCAGUGGGUGGACCAACUGCUAGGUUGUUUCAGAAUACAUACGGAGGGAACGGUGGAUUGAGUCCCCUUCAAAACUAUGUGUCGAUUGCUCGAGAGCGACAACGGGAAGAACCCUAGCGGAAGCACAUUUUGAAUAGACGUAGUGGAUAAGA